UAUUUCGGGAAACCCCGAGUCCAGUAUAAUAGUGAAAGGCAAAGCACGGGAUUGUCUCUGCACAAGAUACUGCUCGUGGAAAAUAACCGUACGCCGGACAGGAGAAAGGGCAAAGAAAACUGAUUGACAGCUGACACCACUCAAUCUACGGAAAAUCUCGUUCACGUGGGCGUGAUUCGUCUCCGUUUCUGGUGAAAGGAACACUUCUAUGAUUCACGUCAACCGUGGACGUCACAGCCAGUUACUUAAAGGAUAAAUAUACCACCAAAAUGUGCUUGACGCUUUAUCAGUUACUUGGAAAAGUGUUGUGGAUUUUGCCGAUUUUCACGUUUUCGUGGAUAUUUUCAACAGUUUUGCUAACGUAUGGAAUGGCCGUAGCGCAAAACCACACGUACGCAGUAUUUCCUUACAUCAGUAAGACGGGGACACAGGUGCCCGAGAGAGGGAUCUUCACAUUGUUUAUAUCCAUUGGUGCCUUAUCUAUGGCAAUGAACGCAGAGAUGCGGUUUAAGUAUGUAGAACUGAUGUACGAGAGGAUGUCUCUGACACCUCGGGAGAAGACACGACUCUCUACUUUGAACAAGUCAGCUCUGUAUCUCAGCCUGGCGGCUGCCUUCGGACUCCUUAUAGUGGCUAGCUUCCAGGUAGACGCGAUGCCGAUUCCCCAUUACUCUGGAGCGUUCCUCACCUUCCUGCUGGGCGGGGUGUGUUGCUGGCUACACGCAAUCAUAACAUGGAAAAUGUACAAAGAGGAAAGAGACAAGGCGUUUUUUCUGACGUUUAUAUUUCAAAUCAUAGUCAGUCUUUUCGUCUCUGUAUUCUUCGUCAUGUUCAGCGUGUCGCUCGGCCACUAUCGACAUCAACGAGACGCCGGACACGGAACGAAAGAGUUUGACCUACCGGAGGGUGCUCUUCGUCCCAUCUUUUUAACGGCCGCAUUUUCAGAAUGGUUCCUUGCGUUGACUGUGGUAGCGUAUAUUCUGACUUUCGUUCCCGGCUUCAGAACAAUAGAUUACGAUGGUGGUACUGUGAAAUGGAAGGCGCCCGUUAGUAGCAGCGUGAGUACUUGCACGAAAAUGAUGCGGUGCUGUUCGUAAGAUGUCAUUGCUGUAUGGGUUAUGUCCCUUUGUAUAGGGUUGGCACGUGUGGAUGAACUAAGAGUGGUCGCUGAGAGUUUGUGUCUACACGCUUCUGUUGAAGGUAUCAUGGACCACGGGGAUUUACCAUAGUUAUUAGUUACUGAUACCAUCGAUUAUCGACCAUAUUACUGUUCAUAGGUAAAAAAUAACGAAAUAUACAAUGUAUAUCAUAUAAUAUAAUUUUGUAAACAUGUCUAGUUCCUUACCGUACUCCCGUUACCGAUAUUCCCAAUUAAGCCGUGUUGUCUAAGUUCGUAUCAUAUUAUGUACUUGUAUUAUUUGAAGUAUUGUCGAUAUCGAUUUUAUCAUACUUCUUUUUCGAUUAGUUUAAUUCUGUACUGAACCUGAUCUGAGAGAGUCUGCUACCACAUAUAUGAUUGUGUCCAUUCAUGCAAUAACGUUAAAUGUUUGAAAUAUUUUUGUUUUGAUAGACGUAUAUAGAGGUAUACAUUAAAAUAUGGCUAAACCGACCAGCACUGAAACCAAUACUUCACAAUCAACACACAAAGAGUCGGAUUGCUUAAGUUUUACCUAUCGUUUUGAAUGGUGUCUACAUAAAGAGAUACAGAGGGAUGUUAUUGUAUAUUGGAAAGAUUUCCGGCUAGCACAAGUUCGACAUACCAUCUAGAAAUGUAUUCAGUGAGAUAUAACUGAAGUUAAUAGAAAAGAAAACAAUAGGAAUUGAAGAGGUACACAAGCGAAUCAUCUCCCCUUAUAAUUGAUUUUACAAAUCCGGAUAAACAGGUAAGACAGUAUAACUGGUAUACGUUUUGUUUACUAGACAUGGUUGUUUUUUCAGUGAGUAGGUUAUAUUAAUUGUAUUUUUAUUAUUUUAUAUAAACCGUAGAAAAAGUUUAAUACAAAGAUAAAGAUAAAAAUGCCGCCUAACGAUUCAAAAGUAACGAUGACAUCAUAUAUAUAUAUAGCAUUUUUAGCGAUUUGAUAAGAUCAAAUGACAUGGAAAUCGCGAUGGAAAUCGAGGAAGGAGACAUAUUUGAAUGAUGCUUAUUUUUGUUUAUAUUGUUCAUCUUAAUUUCACGUCCAUGCCGUAACUACGUAGACGAAGGGAAGUAACUCUAUGUAUUUAUUUGUUAAAUCACCUAACUUACUAUGACAGGUCGUAUCGACUUCCAUUACAUUGAUACUUAGUUUACAGAUUGUCUCAUUGAAUCAAACUGGAACCAAAGCAUGAUGUUCUGUGGUAAUGAACGCCUCAAAAAAUAAUUAAAAAAAAAUCAUCUUAACUCAUUUGUAUUAUCAAGUAAUGAAACAUGAUAUUUUGAUAAUAUUCGAUGGAUAACCGUUGAAUACCAUCCAUCUUUGUCAUUUCUUGGUUGAAUGCUUUUGUUUUGACGGGUGAGGUGUUCUGUCCCACAAGCGAACUUUGUUGACAGAAUUCAGUAGUCGAUCAUUAUCUUUUCUAUCCUAUUUUUUGUAAAUCUUUAUACAAUGUUGUUUUGAAAAGCUAUCGGUUAAUAGCGUGCCAAGACACGCCUCAUAAUCUCUCGAUAUUUCCGUGGCAGCACUUGUCAACAUCUAUCGCGGCGGCCAUUCUGUCUGUUUGGUGGGAAAUCAUGUUUGUUUUCUGCUGUAGUGUUAAAACUCUAGUAUGUUUAUUAAUGACACAUUUACACAUUUUAAAAUUCAAUAGUUGAUUGGAUUAUAUUGGCUUUGUUUGAUGCAAAUACUUAAAACUAGCUUCAAAUCAAUCUGAGCAGACAUUGACAGUUUCCCGAAGUUGUAUUUGACGUACGAAGAAUCGUUCUGAUAGGCCAAUGAUACGAUUUCGCAAUAUUAUUCACAAAUAAUAAAGCUGAUAUAAUACUAUAAUUCAGUAAUAAUUAAUAAAACCGGAUCCUCAUAUAUCAUACAAAGCUUCAGGGCAGACUUUUGAAAUUAGGUUUUGCCUUGUACUUACAUAAAAAAUGGGAGACGUUUUAAAUAUCUUUUGUAAGCAUAUAGUAGGCAAACAAAUACAAAAAACAUUAUUUUUAGUCGUUAUUUUAAAUUAAAAACCUGAUGUUUGCAAUUAAAAAAUGCCAAUUAUUAUUUACUUUUUCUAUUUUUCUUUUCUUUUGUUACACAUUUUACUCAAUUUAUUCAAGCAAGAAGAAUCCUUUAUUCUAAAAAUGAUUUUAUAAAUACUUGUAUCUGAACAUUCUGUCCACUCUUCCCCGAUAAACCGAAGACGCACCAAAGGAUUCGCAUGACGACAUGUAAACCCACGGCGAGUAUUAGUAUUUACAUUGUACUCGAGAUUUGACGAGUCUGAAUGGUUCAUUACUAUGGUUUCAUGUCUUUGUAACUGACUCCAAACAUUCGGAUUUGUUUAAGACCUACACAUGUAAUCUUUCGCUAGAAAUUAUUGACUUCAUUUUCAUUUUUUUCUUAUUAAAUAUUGAGUCGGACUUAAUUAUAGAUAUAGGCGACAAAACUAUUGCCAGUAAUGUUCGGGAGCCUAUAACCACAUUUGUAUAUCACAAACUGUAAUCAAUAAAUGGUAUUAAUUUCGAUAAAAUUAUGCGCGCACAGUUUGCAUUUCCUGGACAGAGAAGAAUAUAACAAGGAAAACAACACUCCGGGACGGAGGGACGGAUCUCAGCUGUUCUAUCUGUGUUAAAGUGCCUUGACUGCUGUAACCUUACACAGUAAUGAUUUCUAUUUUACAAGGCGAAUUAAAGUUUCAAUAUUACCUGAUAAAUUUAUUCCGUGCUUAUCUAGUAUUGAGUUACAAUAUAUACAUUUAUUUUGCGCGUGCGAUUAAUUUAUAUAGGGCCAAAAACAGUGCGUUUCCUUGUUCACUUUUGAAAAAAUCGGCUAGGUAGAAAGGUAGGUUUAACAUUAUGUUUUGAAAAAUAAAUGUAUAUGGUUUAGAUCGGAGAGUGAUAUUGGCUUAAACAGUGAUUCUUUGAAAAUUGACCUUAACUUUUAGGGUAGCUUUACAAAGUAAGGUUACCAGGAACACAAACUAUUUUUGUUUCGCCUAAGGCAAAGUAGGUCCUCGUUUGUCGGGGGAGAAUUCUUACUUCUAAACUUAUCUAGAACCAAGAAAGUUAAAAUUGUAAUCCCGACGCCCAAGACAUUCAGCUUGUUGAUCGGAUUAGUUGGGACGUUUGAGGGGAUCAGUCUUCAUGUUGCUAAACAACUUGUAUAUAUGUACAGCUGUUUUACACUUCAUAACACAGAAUGCCCAACAAGCUGUGUUCUCAGGUGAAACCAAAGAGCAAUCUGAAGAUAACAUUUAAAUUAAACCUACGAGAUCACAUACAAACUUACGAGAUUACAUACAAACUUACGAGAUUACAUACAAAAUUACGAGAUUACAUACAAACUUACGAGAUUACAUACAAACUUACGAUAUUACAUACAAAUCCUAAUGAAUUGUCGAGUUAAACAUCCGAAUUUUUCGUCUAACAUAUAGAUCAUAUACAAGAUUAUUUUCUCUGUACCAACAUCACAUUAUUGUACUGGUUCAAUCGGCAGAAAUAUAAAUGUAAAAGCAGUUAUGUCAAAUUUUCUUUCUUUUGAGAAACUGCAUAAGGCAUUUAUUUCAUAUUUAUUCGUACAUAUGUAUAAUGAUGGCAAUCAUUACGUCAUAACUCGAUUUGAAUUAUCAUUUACACAUUGAUAUGUAAUGUUCCAUUUUCGAUGUAACGUGAGGGUACCCAAAAUGGAACACUUAUUAAAGAAAAUAUUAAUAUUUCCUUUCAGUUUCUUGAAUAUCAAUGCUUUUACUAUAAUAAAACAGAAGAUGCUUUUAGUUUGUUUUAUUUCCUGGGUAUCACUAAUGCGUGCGUCUAUUUAAAGUACCAAUUUAGGUUAGUCUCAUUCAGUUGGAAAUUUUAGCAAGCCAGAUAUCAAAAAUGGAACACCUCAUCAUAGAAUACAGUUUCUAAAAAAAACAUGAGAGCAUUUAUAAAAGCUUCGUUCAUUUCAAGAAAGUUUUGGCACUUUCUGAUAAAUUUCAGUCUUUUAUUCAUUAAAAUAUUCACUUGAUAUUUGAUGUUGUUUUACCGUACCAUUUCCAGGAUAAAAUUGUCAUUUCACUUUUAGAAUUUUUCCAAUUCAUGAGCAAAGUACCAUCCAUACGUUUUGCAAAAUAAAGAUGCUGCUUCAUAUUUAUGAAAAGUGUUCUAUUUGGGUACUCUAAUGUAAGUACUUAUUCAAGUUGCAUUUAAAUUAUUUUCAUAACAAAAAACCCUUUCAAACAACACAUGAACAUCUGUCAAGUUGUGAUAAGCAUGCUGUUUUACUAUGUGUGUUUACGCAAUGUUGUCCUGAGCGUACACAAUCAUACACGAUGUGUAUCGAAUGUCAAGCAAUAAAGACAGAAUGACCGGUAAAAAGUAAACGGUUGCCGAGGUACGUAAAGUACACGUAUAGACUAUAAUUUGAACUAUUAAUUGUAAUAUCGUGUGUCUGAAGAAUGCGUGUAAAUUGUCUGUAACGUUUGUACAUGUAAAAAUGUCUGAAUGUGUCGAUGGUAUCGUGCUGAAUGCCUAACUAUUAAAAAAAACUACAGCAAAAAUAACACAUGUUCAAUAGCAGGCGUAUUAAUUUACGUCUGAUGUGAAGUAUCUUCGGAACAUCAUUGUAGGAUAUAAUUACUGAUAACACAUUGUUCAUCUUCAGACCCCAAUCAGCGCUGUGGUGUACACAUUCAUAUAAUUAUUUUGGCAUGUAAAGAACGAUGUAUGGUUGACUGACAGACCAAAUAAAAUAUAUAUUCAUAAA